CCAAGGUACAGUAACAAGCAAGUGUCGACGUGCCUCGGCUCUCCAACACCCCCGCAGUCGAUCAAUCGAUCGGGCCAUCCAUCGCCAGCACGCCGCCUGCUGCUAGCCAAAACCUUUGCCGAGAUCGUCCAACCUCAAGUUGGUACUUGUACCCGCCGAUGCAUCUCCCGUCGCAUGCUCGACACUGGUUGAUGCGGCGCUGCUGGUCAUCGUCGUCGUUGUCAUUGUCGUCCUUCCCAGCCAUGACCUGCCGCUGUCCCGCCGCUGCUGGAUCAACGUAAUAAUUGAACACUGCGACACUCCGCCGUCACCAAAACUCCUGAUCGAUCCCUCGCCGCAACACCAAGACGGGCAUCACCAGCUACCCAUCCAUCGCUCCUCGUAAUGAUGACGCCCGCGACAAUAACGCCUUUCGCCGCGGCGCAGCGGCCGAUUCGCAUCGCCAACUGCUCUGGCGCCGUCACCGAUCCGGCCAUACACAUGUACAACCAGGCUGCGUACGGCCCAGUCGAUGUCAUCACCGGUGACUAUCUCGCGGAGGCGACCCUGGCCAGCGGCGCCCUGAGGAUGCACGACGCCGCUGAGCCUGGCUGGGUGGCCUCGGCCCUGGCCGGCAUCGAAAUGUCCCUCGACCUCGUCGCUGAGAAGCGCAUCAAGGUUGUCGUCAACGGCGGCUCGCUGGAUCCCAGCGGCCUGGCCGACAGGGUUCACGACAUGAUUGCCCACAGAGGUCUCGCCCUCCGCGUCGCGUUCGUCGACGGCGACAACCUCAUGCCCAAGAUAGGCGCCCUCCUCGGCGCGCAGAGAAACGGCCUACGGCACCUCGACGCCGACAACCCCGACGUCACCCUCGCCGACGACGCGCUCGCCUUCCUCUCCGACCCCGCGGCCAUGCCCGUUGUCGCCGCCAACGCCUACCUGGGCUACCGUGCCGUCAAGCGCGCCCUCGACGAGGGCGCCGACAUCGUCAUCUGUGGGCGCGUCGCCGACGCCUCGCCCGUCAUGGCCGCCGCCGCCUGGUGGUACGGCUGGGAGCCCGACCGCCUCGACGAGCUCGCCGGCGCCCUCAUCGCCGGCCACCUCAUCGAGUGCUCGACCUACGUCACCGGAGCCAACUUUGCCGGCGCCGACCGCCACCCCGUCGACGCCUUUGUCGACCUCGGCCUGCCCAUCGCCGAGGUCGCCCCCGACGGCACCUGCGUCGUCACCAAGCACGACGGCCUCGCCGGCUUCGUCACCGAGGACACGGUGCGCUGCCAGCUGCUGUAUGAGCUGCAGGGCGACGUCUAUCUCAACAGCGACGUCAAGGCCGACAUUUCGGGCAUCCGCGUCGAGGCCGAGGAACCGUCGUCGUCGUUGUCGUCUCCCCCCUCGCGCAACACCAACACCAACAGCAAGAACAACAAUCACACCAACCGCGUCCGUGUCUGGGGCGUCCGCGGCCGUCCUCCGCCCCCGACCACAAAGCUCGCCGUCUUCUACCGCGCCGGCUGGCAGCUCGAGAUCCUCGUCAACGCCACGGGGCUCGCCACCACCCACAAGUGGGACGUUCAGGAGGCGCAGGUGCGCCAUCGCCUCGCCGCAUGGGGCGCCCUCGACGCCCUCGACGUGCUGGACUUUCAGCGCGUCGGCACGCCGGCCGAGAACCCCUCGUCCCAGCUCGCCGCCACGACGUACAUGCGCAUCUUUGCCCAGGCGCGGGACAAGGCGGCAGUGAGCGCCGUGGCCGGCGCGUGGAACUACUGCUUCAUGGCUCACUUUCCGGGCAUGCACUGCUCGCUCGACUUCCGCACCCUCCAGCCCCGGCCCUUCCUGGGCUACUACCCGGCCGUGGUGCCCCAGACGGAGCUCGACGAGGCCGUCACGCUGCUGCUGCCCGGCGGCAGGCCUGGCGACAAGACGCCGCCGCGGCGACGCAUCGCCAUCCCACCACCGGCCAUGACCGAACCGCUCGCGCCGCGGGCGAGCUACGACGCGGCGGACCCCACGCCCCUGACGUCGUUUGGGCCCAAGACGAUGCGGCCGCUCGGCGACGUGGUCCUCGGCCGGUCCGGCGACAAGGGCGGCAACGUCAACCUCGGGCUGUUCGUGCACACGCCCGAGCGCUGGGCCUGGCUGCGCAGCUUCAUGACGCGCGACCGCCUGCGCGAGCUGAUGCGCGCCGACUGGCGGCCCUGGUACCACGUCGAGCGCGUCGAGCUGCCCGGCAUCAUGGCCGUGCACUUUGUCGUCUAUGGGCCCUUGGGCCGUGGCGUGAGCAGCUCCAAGCUGCUGGAUAACCUGGGCAAGGGCUUCGCCGAGUACAUUCGCGCCGUGUGGGUGCCUGUGCCGUCGCGCUUUCUGCACGAGGCGUCGUCGAAACUGUGAGGCG